UCGUUUUACCGUGUUUUGUUAUGAUCAAGGUUUUGUAAUUUGUUGUAUAUUUUCGUUAUUUUGGAGUAGAAAAUAUAAGACGUGUAGUUUUUCCGAAAGUUUAAAAUGCUAUGUUUAAUUUGUGGUGAACGUAGUAGUACUGAAAGUGCAAUUUCAUUCCAUGGUUUUCCGAAGGAUUCAAAUCGUAGGAAACUUUGGUUGGAAGCUUUUAGGUUACCAGAUAAUACUAGUACAUAUGCAAAAGUUUGCUCGAAACACUUUACAGUUAACGACUAUCAAGUAGAUAGAAUAAUAGAUAGAAGAACAUUAACUCGAACUGCUGUACCAACACAAAAUCUUCGUAGGGUAGUUAAAGCGCAUAAAAUGUUUAACUCCAUACAACAGCUUACUUUUAAUCAAACAAUACAGCAAAAACCUACAAUUAUUACUGAAAACGCAGCUGAGCAGAGUAAUUGUAAUUUACUGCUCAAUUGUGUGGGAGAUGUAUUAAAAUAUGAAACAUUUACAGAAUUUGCUGUGGAUGGCACUGCAAACGAUCAUAAAGACAUUAUAAAACAGGAUUGCUCAGUGGAUUCUUCUGAAAUGAUCAAUGAUCAAAGCACUUUGAAGAUAUCUAAGUUUGAUGAAGAGGACAAUGCAGCACAAGAAGUCUCUUACAGGUCUGGGCAUCACACUUAAAUUAUAAAUGGAAUUCAUUUCAUUCGUCUACAAAGAGAACUGCAUAACGAAAGCUACCAGAAGGUAAAUGAAUUGAUUUACUAGGCCUCAGUCUACAAAAACCCACACAAUGAGACUUUGGAAUCCUCGUUAUAUUGGAGAUGUUAAACAAGAACAUUUACAAUCUCCAAGAUGAAGAAAUAUAU